AUGGCCUUUUGGGGCCUUGCGUACUCUCUCGGCCCAAACUACAACAAGCCCUGGCAGUUCUUCGAGGGCCGUGAGCUCGCCGCCACCGUGACCCGCACGCACGAUGCAGUCACCCAGGCACGGGCAAACGCUUCCACGGCUUCACCCGUGGAGCAGUCACUCAUCGCGGCACUUCAGCUCCGCUACCAGCAAAACCACCCUGCGGACGAUUGCUCCAUCUGGAACCGGGAAUAUGCCGCCGCGAUGGGAACGGUGUACCACGACUUUCCGGACGACCUGGACGUUGCGACCCUCUACGCAGACGCGCUGAUGAAUCUGACUCCGUGGCAGCUGUGGGAUCUGGCUACUGGCGAGCCCGCCCCGGGUGCGCGGACCAUGGAAGUGAAGGCCGUGCUUGAACGUGCAUUGGCGCAAGAGGGCGGGUUGGCCCAUCCGGGCUUGUUACAUCUAUAUAUCCAUCUGAUGGAGAUGUCAAAUACCCCCGAGACGGCCUUGCCCGUCGCCGAUCGGCUGCGUGGGCUGGUCCCGGACGCCGGCCAUCUGCACCAUAUGCCGACCCAUCUUGAUAUCCUCUGUGGUAACUACGGGCGCUCCAUCGCCUCCAAUUCGGAUGCAGUCCGCGCGGAUGAGAAAUUCCUGGCACGCGCGGGCCCGCUGAAUUUUUACUCACUAUACAGGUCUCACGACUAUCAUUUCCUCAUCUACUCCGCCAUGUUCGCCGGGCAGUCGAAGAUUGCCCUGGACACAGCGGCGCAACUCCAAUCAUCCUUGCCGGAGGAGCUGCUCCGCGUCGAGUCCCCCCCAAUGGCCGACUGGCUGGAGAGUUUCCUCACCGUACGACUGCACGUCCUCAUCCGCUUCGGACGCUGGCAGGAGAUCCUCAGCCUCCCCGUCCCACACGACAAGGCGCUCUACUGCGUAACCACCGCAAUGACCUACUACGCCAGAGGCGUCGCGCUCGCCGCGACGGGCAGAGUCGACGAGGCAGAAGCACAACGAACGCUCUUCUGCCAAUCGCUUCCCAACGUCCCCGCGUCCCGCACCCUAUUCAACAAUAAAUGCACCGACAUCCUCGCCAUCGCCGACGCAAUGCUUGACGGCGAACUUGAGUAUCGCCGCGGCCGGAUCGAUAUUGCCUUUGGCCACCUGCGGCGGUCGAUUGCUCUCGACGAUACGCUCCCUUAUGACGAGCCCUGGGGCUGGAUGCAGCCCACGCGACAUGCCUAUGGUGCAUUACUGCUUGAGCAGGGCUGUGUCGAGGAGGCUGCGGAUGUGUAUCGCGCCGAUCUUGGAAUUGACCAGACGCUGCCACGGGCUCGUCAACACCCGAAGAACGUGUGGGCUUUGCACGGCUACCAUGAAUGCCUGGUGAAGCUUGGGCGCCAGGCUGAAGCGCGGGUUGUUCGGGAACAGUUGGAGAAAGCAGCUGCGGCCGCAGAUGUCCCCGUCAAGUCAUCUUGCUUUUGUCGCGUAGACAGCGUUUGA